AUGGGUAGUGCGGCGGUCGAUUUGGGCUCGAUUGCUGAGGCGGCGCGGGCAGACAUUCGCAGCAAGCUAUCGGCCUUCAAAGGGUCGGCGGCGGUCACGAACUCUGUGAUGGAAUGGAAUGCGGGCGGCCGGGGCGCCGAGAGCACGUGCUCUUCCAGCGACGAGUACGACGACGAGCCCGAAAUGGACGAGGAGGACAUCGAAGACUACUGCAAGGGCGGAUACCAUCCGGUCAAGAUCGGCGACCAGUUCAAGUCUGCGCGCUACCGCGUGGUGCGCAAGCUUGGAUGGGGCCACUUCUCGACGGUGUGGCUUUCGUAUGACAGCGAGAAGGACAUUCACGUUGCACUGAAGAUUGUCAAGGCGGCGGCCCACUACGCUGAGGCGGCGCUGGACGAAAUCGAGCUCUGCACGCGGACGGUGUCGAUCCGCGAGCCGCACGUGGGUCGCGACCACGUUGCGAAGAUGCUGGACAGCUUCGAGCAUUCGGGCCCAACGGCCGCCACGUGUUCCAAGCAGAGCGAUGGGCUGCCUUUGGCGCUCGUCAAGCAAAUUGCUCGGCAGAUCAUUGCUGGUCUGGCGUACCUGCACGGCCCGUGCAACAUGAUCCACACCGACCUCAAGCCCGAGAACGUCCUGGUCUGCAUUGACAACGUCGAAGAAGUCAUCCGGCGCGAGCUGCACAAUGACAGCUCGGCGGCCAAAGACGGUGCGCAGGGCCGCGCGCCGCUGCGUUGCCAAUCGCGCGCACCCAGCCCUGACGGCGGCAACCAGCAAUCCUACAGCCCGCUGACGGCCGGAUCCAGCAUUGCGCGCUCGCUGGAGAAGGACCUCAACGGCAUCUCGCUUGCUGCCACGCCGACGCGCUCGCGGCACGACUUUGGCGAGGGCAGCCGGAGCCACAGCCGCAGCCGCAGCCGGAGCAAAGACAAUGCUGCUGCCGCCGCCACCGACGCAGCUAACGACCGAUCGGACUCACAGGCGUCUACACGGUCGCAGCAGCAGGGCCUGAGUGUCAAGCUGGCGACCUGGGCAACGCAACAGGACAUCCAGACGCGGCAGUACCGGUCGCCCGAGGUCAUCAUCGGCGCGCGGUGGGACACGACUGCCGACAUGUGGUCGUGCGCUUGCGUUAUCUUCGAGCUGCUGACUGGCGACUAUCUGUUCGAGCCGCACUCCGGCAGCCGCUACUCGAAGGACGAGGACCACAUUGCGCAGAUCAUCGAGACCAUUGGCACCCUUCCUCGGAAGUUCGCCCUGUCUGGCAAGUACUCGGAGGAGCUGUUCACGCGCCGCGGUGAGCUGCGCAAUAUCCGCCGCCUGCACCCCUUCCCGCUCAAGGACCUGCUCCAUGACGAGUAUGCAUUCAGCGCUCGCGACGCGCGCGAGAUUGCCGACUUUUUGAUGCCAAUGCUCGAGAUCACUCCUGCGCGGAGAAGCUCGGCCGCAAGCAUGCUCCCGCACCGGUGGCUGCAGUGA